AUGGCCAACAACAACUCAGCAACAAGCAAAGCUCAGCUGCGACUGGCAUCCCUCUCGGCCCAACUGGACACCACCGCCCCACGAGACUCCGUCACCGAGAUCCUCGAGACCUCCCUCCCACCCGUCCACCUCCACGCCGAUGCCCUCUCUGUCCUCCUCGAUGGCAAAGACCAGACCUGGCGCAAAUGGAUGUUCGAGCAAUUGAAGCACCCAUUGUUCGAGUACCAGUACAAUGUCACUAAGGAGGAACUGGUCACCCGCAACCAAGAACGAACCCGCCACCUCGCCAAACUGGGCUUCCGUCCCACCUGGACCGAGCCGAAAGUGAACAUUGACAGGAACAAAUUUAUACAGAUCCAAGAUGCAUUGUCAUACUUUGACAACGGCCUCUCGACCAUGCACGGCGCCCAUUUCGGACUUUACUCCGGAUCUAUCCGUGAACUUGGCUCCGAGGCUCUUCAGAAUAAGUGGUUGCCCCUUGCCGAUAGCUUUGAAGUCCCUGGCUGCUUCGCCCUUACCGAACUUGGACAUGGAAGUAACCCAAGAGGCAUUGAGACAGAGGCGCACUGGGACGUCAAGGAAGGAUGCUACAUUAUCAACACCCCCAACACCACCGCCCAAAAGUACUGGAUUGGAGCAGCGGCAGAGACGGCAUUCAUGUCCGUAGUUUGGGCCCAACUCUACAUCCCUCACCCGACCGACCCCUCCCACCCCCCAUCCCACAAAGGCAUUCACGCCUUCCUCAUCCCCAUCCGUGACCUCUCUACCCGCUCCCCCAGCCCAGGUGUCACCAUCCGGAACUGUGGGUCCAAAUCAGGACUUAAUGGUGUCGACAAUGGUCGGCUUUGGUUUGAUCAUGUUAAAGUCCCCCGGCAUAUGUGCCUGGAUAAGUAUGGCGGUGUGAAUGAACAGGGGGUUUAUGAGAGUUUCUUUGGAGACAAUAACGAUCAGAGGUAUGGGUUGACGAGGAGGCAGUUUGGAGCCAAGCAGGUUGGGGAGUUGGAGACCCUUAUCAUGGACUAUAAGCUUCACCAGCGACGACUGUACCCCCUCCUCGCACAAACCUACGCCCAACACUUUGCAGCCCGCGCCAUAGCCCGCCUUCGCGACACCGAAAAAUCCGACCUCAAGCUCCUCAAACAGUUCCAUGUCAUUUCCUCAGGACUCAAAUCCUUGCACACCUGGCAUCUCCUCGACACCCUCCAGGCGACCCGAGAAGCCUGUGGUGGUCAAGGAUUGAAAUCUUCGAAUCGUAUCGGACAGAUGAAAGCCGAUUGCGAUGUCAUGGCCACCUAUGAAGGAGACAACCAGGUGAUGCUAAUCACCGUAGCAAAAGGCUGUAUAAACGACUACAAACCCACCCGUAUCCCAACCCUCGCCAACUUCACCUCCCAACACUUCUCCGAUUCGACGCUCCUCUCCCCAAAAUUCCAACUCGACCUCUUCCAACACCACAUCCAUGCCUCUGCCCACCGCCUCCACGCCGCCAUCGACCUCUCCCGCGCCCAGGCCAAGGCACAAGGAACUCCCAACAUUGGGUUGGACAAUAUCCUGGAUACUCACUCUGCACUCUCUCAGGAAUUCGCACGUGCCGUGCUCGAGCACUGGAUCCUUUCAGAAUUCAUCGCCCAAGAAACCCUCUCCGCCGCCACGACCACUUCCGCCACUGGCACCUCGCCCCUCACCUUAAUGCGCCAAUUGCACGCCCUGUGGAAACUCGACAUGGACCAGAACAUGAUCCGAAGGCGCUACCUCGACGAACCCGUCCAAGAGCGGAUCCGAAACCUGGUCGGAGGUUUGUUGCACAGGGUCCACGAGAAUAUAACUCCUCUUGUGGAUGCCUUUGGAGUGCCUGAUCAUCUUUUGGGUCCCAUUGCGCAUGACUGGGUCCAAGCCAACGUCGCUGACUCUGAGGAUAUCUAA